AUAAAUGGUUUGAAAUUAAUGUGUGUCUGCCUCACAACAUUGUCACUCUUUUACUUAAGGCAGUUCUGAAACUGAAAAUCCGAAAGUUAAAGGAUGGACUUCAGAAUCACAUCACUGAUUCUACUUCUACAUGUUUCAGGCUCUCUAACAUUGAAACACAUCUCUGUGACGUGUAAAAACAUUUGUGCUCUGAAGGAAACCAAUGUGCAGUUGACGUGCUCUUACAACAGCAGGAUCAACAUCAACAUCAAAACUGUGUUCUGGUUCAGUGAGAAACAAAGAACAAACUGGAGAAAAAUCAAUAAACCUGAAGAUUUGACUUUAGACUCAGACUACUCAGGACGAGUGAAACAUCAGAUCUCAAGCAGCUCCUCAACACUCACAAUAUCAGACGUGAGAGAGAGAGACUCUGGAGAAUAUCAGCUCAUGUUCAUCAUGAAUGAUGGAGUUAAACAUCUCAGAUCAGCAGCAGUCAGUCUAACAGUCACAGACCUGCAGGUGAAGUGGAAUCCUGCAUCUACAGUUAAGAGAGUAAAACUGACCUGUGAUACUUCCUGUGAUUUGACGUCCAGACCUCAGAAUUACUACUGGAAAAUAAAUGGACAAUAUGUAAAAGAUCUUGGUCAUUUCAGGAGCAUUACAGUUUCACCCAAAGCUGCUGGAAGUUACUCCUGUUUUCUUACUGCAGAUCUUUUGAAUUCCUCCUCUCCUGUGUGUGUUUCUCAGAGAGGCUGCUGGGAUGUGACUUACACCUCUACAAGAGUCUGUGCUUUGGUGAACUCAACAGUAGACAUUUCCUGCACAUACUCACAUCCCUCUGGUCAUACUGUAAUUAAAACCUUCUGGCAUUACGGUCCAUCUGACGGUCGAUCUCAGAACUUCAAGGAUCUGCGUGAGGAGCACCAGUUUGCUGGUCGUGUGGAGUAUGUGGGGAACAAACUGAGAAUCAAAGAUCUCAAGAUCAGUGACUCUGGAGAAUAUCGAUUCAUUAUCAUCACUGACAAAACAAACGGCAAAUGCUCUGGAUUACCUGGAGUCAUUCUUACAGUUACAGGUACACAGAUAAAAAGCAGCCCAGCUGUUGUAUCAGAGAAAGAGGAAGUGAUAUUAAGCUGUUCAACUAAUUGCACUCUGAAUGACAACACCUCUUACAUCUGGUACAAGAACGGACGACAGGUAACAGAUGGAUUCACUAAAGUCAACAAGCUGUACCUGGACUCAGUCAGCAAUGAAGAGCUUCAACAGUAUUCCUGUGCUGUAGGAGAUCCAGUGGACAGCACAGUGUUCAGCCAUUAUACAGUCACUCUACUGGUGUUUUUACCUCAGUUUCUCAUAAUAGCGGCUCUGUGGAUGUGGUUUUCUCAUUUCAAAACCAAACUGAAAGAGAUGUUUCAGACAUCUACAUCUGCUGUCUGUCCAUCAGAGCUGCUGGAGUGAUGUCACUGUGUUCUUCCAUUGUGACAUCAUCACCUAGCAACAGUCAGAACUGACAGCAGCAACAUCAGUGAUACAGCGAUGUCAUAGACAGUGACAGAUCAAUGACUGUCUGCAUUAUCAAACAAACUAAAACAAAACAAAACUGUAGUGCAUGGUUUAGCUAUAUUUUUCUCCAGUUGCUAAAUGCAAAAAGAAACUUUUUAUUGUUUAAAUAUCCUUUAAGAAUCCACUUUAAUAAAGUGGUGCUGCUUUUAUGUUCUGCGUAUCUUAUGAUUUAUCUAUUUUCGUGUAUGUGUACACAUAACUUUAUAUUUCAACGGCACAGAAACAUCAAAACAACUUAAUAAGCAGACAAACUGGUUAUUAACCAGGAUUCGUGUUCUAAUAUUUUAGCCCCAAGCAAUGCUGUGUCCUGUUUUAGCUUUUCUGAUAAAUCAGGCUUUUAAUCAGGGCACUGAGUGCAAUAUUAAAAUAGCAUUUUAUCUGACCAUGAAAUGUUUAUUAAAAAGAA